UGCCAAUCAAACGUUGCCGGCGGCGGUACCACGCUACGGUCGAGGAUAAGCGCGACUUGUCCGCGCUUUCCGCCAUAUCUCUAGCGCUUGUCGUUAUGUCGUUUUCGGUAAACUCGCCUCCCUUCGCUCGUACUUUCACCGUGCAGUGAGCCCUCUCUGCCCCGGGCGCGACGACGGUCCAGAGGAGACAGGGGACGACGAAUGGCGUACGGCGACAAGAUGUCGGGCGUCUUGACACCGCCAGACCCGCUCGAUGUGGCGCUGAGGCCACCCGAAGACGAGAACGAGGAGGAUCGCAGCGCGAGGCUGUCCGCGGAAGAGGAUGCGAGGAAGGUAUCGGAGAUGAUUGACGAGGAGCUGAAGGCACAGGAAAGGGCAGAGAAGAGGGGCCCGAAACCCAUCAAAGUCUUGCUUCUGGGUCAAAGUGAAUCAGGGAAAUCGACUACGCUCAAGAACUUCCAGCUUAUGAACUCUCCGAAAGCAUUUCGCGCCGAACGAGCCUCAUGGCGCGCCGUGAUUCAUCUCAAUGUUGUCCGUUCAAUCCAUAACAUCCUCGAAGCCAUGGCAGAAGCACAAAAUGCCCAGGCGCAGCCAAGUACCCCCACCGGCGGUCGCCCCUCCAGAAGCCGCACACCUUCUGACUCGAGUACACGAGUAUACCCGCCGCUCACUGCGGAGCACCUGAAGCUCAAGAUGCGACUCUCCCCGCUCCUCCAGGUCGAGCAGGCGCUCAUCCGCAAGCUCACGCCACCCGGCUCUGCCGAGUUCGAGGCGACCCACCUUGCCCAGGCGUCGAACGUGAGCUACUUGGAGCGCAUCCGCCAGAAGGAGGUCGCCGUGAAUUCCCUAUUUGCGUGGAAGGGCGUCUUUGGUAGGUUGUUGUCGGACAGCCGCGACGCAGACAGUGGGGACGGCAUCGACUGGAAUGACCCACAGGCGAGCUCUGAAGUUGUAUCUCUCACUAUAGCAUUACUUAUGCGUCAAUGGCAGGAUCCGGGACGGAUCAUCCACGCGUGCGGGGAGGAUAUGAUUCGCCUGUGGAACGACGAGACCAUUCGUUCGCUGCUUCAAAUACAAGGUAUAAGGUUAGAAGACCGGCCCGGCUUCUUCCUCGACUCGCUAGAGCGUGUAACGUCCCCUCGAUACGUUCCAACAGAUGAGGACAUUCUCCGCGCGCGUCUAAAGACAUUAGGAAUUACCGAGUAUCGAUUCUCCAUCAAGGAAGGUACAUUGGGCGGGAUUACGCGGGACUGGAGGAUAUACGACGUUGGAGGACACAGAUCAUUGCGAGCGGCAUGGGCGCCGUACUUUGACGACAUGAACGCGAUCCUCUUCCUCGCACCCAUCAGCUGUUUCGACCAGACGCUCGAAGAAGACCCUACUGUCAACCGACUGGAAGACUCCGUCGUACUCUGGAAAACGAUCGUCUCAAACCCGCUACUCGCCAAAACGAGCAUCGUACUCUUCCUGAACAAGGUCGACAUAUUCAAGGCGAAGCUCGAGGCGGGCAUCAAGCUAAGCAAGUACAUAGUCUCGUACGGCAACCGGACGAACGAUUUCGAUAGUACAUCUAUAUACCUUAAGCGGAAGUUCGCGCAGAUCCAUAAGGAACGAAGCCCGGAGCCGAGAAUGUUCUAUUGUCAUUUCACGACUGUGACCGAUACCAAGUCCACGCAACAUAUCCUUGCGGACGUGCAAGACACUGUCGUUGUACGAAGCCUAAAAGACAGCAGUCUGAUAUCAUGACAUGAUCUAUGUUCUGGGCAGUGGACUUUGCUCGCGGAUUGGAUGAUGUUGUACAUUAGCCUGCAAUACUGCAGUUGGAGAUACCCUACUUCGAGUGCGACGGUGAAUGCCACGUACGCC